UUUAGUCUAUGGUGUAACUUGACAAUAUACCCAUCGUGGGACCAUUACUCGAUCCGGACUUUGUUGGCUAAUUUGGUGUUUGUAUCUGCCUUUUAGGAUGCCUCUCACAGAAACGACUGAUUAUGACAACUUCGACUCGGAGUACUAUAUGAAAGCCUACCGAUGGGGUUCAAAUGGAAAGCUAAAUGGGGGGGACUCCCUCCGAUUCAAUUUGGACGCAAUGCACGAAACCUUUAGUUCAGGUGUCAUAAAGGGCAAAAGCCUUCUUGAUAUUGGUACGGGUCCAACCACUAAAUCUCUGGUCACUUCCUGCAUGUACGUGGAUGAGAUGUAUCUCAGUGACAUCAAUCAACAAAAUCGAGGAAUACUGACGGACUGGUGGAAGAGUGACGAAACGCUAGAACCUGAAAUGACGGAUUACAUCCUUAAAAAAGAAAAUGCAAGCCAUUCCGUAGAUAAAAGGCAGAAUCUAAUGAAAAAGAAAAUUCGUGGAAUUCUUCCCAUUGACGUCAGAUCUGAAAAUCCUCUUGGAAAGGGAGAUCACCCAAGUCAAUUCGAUGUUAUUACAUCAUGGCUGUGCUUUGGAGCAGCUGCUCAAACUGCUGAAGCGUAUUGUAAAGUGGUACAAAAUGUCGCCUCGUUGUUGAAAGUCGGUGGUCAUUUGAUUGUCAUGGAUUUCUUCAAUAAUGAACAUUAUAAUGUUGGAAAUUUCAAGUUCUUGUGUGCAUCUUUAUCUCAAGAUGAAAUAGAACAUAUAUUCACAAUAUGUGGGUUCUGCAUAAUUAACAUCACUACAAAGAUGAUAGAAGCAGAUCAGGAAAGCAUUAUGAAAGAAGAAAAAUGGAGCGGAAAAUAUGCAUUACAUGCUGUGAAGAAAGCAUAAAGAGGAUACAUGCUAUAACAGCUAUUUUAAAUAAGUGUGUCUUAAGCACACAAUUAAAAACGGAAAAAUGCAAAAGUAUUAAUAUAUCAAUAUGUAAGUAAAUAUUUAUCAAAUUGUAUCCAUAUCAACUACAAGAUCAUUCAAAUACAUGUUCGAUGUCUUUUUUCAAGGUCUCCAUGUAAACUUUUCCUUUGUUCAAUUUGCCCUUGUGUCGUCGAUUUUGAGUAAAUAAUUCGCUUUGUUCAUGC